GCCAAUGGACCACAUGGUCACCUUGGAGCGAAUGCCAUGGGAGAUGUGAUAGCGUAAAGUACAGAAAAAGAACAUGUGUACGACCUAUCAAUGCUGUGUGUUUCACACCCUGUACUGGGGAUGACGUGCAAGUUGUUGACUGCGAGAACGAUAAUUGUUGCCCGCCACCUUUUUGGGGAUCAUGGGAGCCAUGGUCGCCGUGUGACGAAGAAAGUCGCACGCAAACACGACGUCGUUCAUGUGUCAAGGGAGAAAUUCACAACAAGCCGGAAUGUUCGCAUCUCAAAUGUGACGGGAAAGAAGUUGAAACAAAAGAUUUCUGUACUUGUGACGAAGGCAAAUGGGUGCUUGAUAACUGGGGUCAGUGCCAAUGUCCAUCUGGGAUACCGAAGCGCACGAAGAAACGAGUACCAAGCGACGAUACUUCAAACACUACGCUAUGUGGACCUCUAACGAUGGAAGAAAAU